UGGAGUGUAAGUUGGUUUGCAAACCUUGGAAAGAUGUUGUUCAUCAUCCAUCCUUCCCUCAAAAACACUUGAACCAUCAUCUUGAUGAUUCUGAUAAGUUGAAUUUUAUUUUCUCAAAUCUUGAACAAGAUCCUGAAGAACUUUAUUAUGCAGAAUAUGAUGAGGAUUAUCAUGAGGUACCCUUUAAUAGAAAUGUAAGAAUCAAUUUAAGCCCUCUAUUUUACAAGUAUGGUUGUUCAUUAGCUGGUUCUUGCAAUGGUUUGAUUUGCUUCAAUUCAUAUUAUGAGGGUUACUAUGGACCUGUUUACAUCUGUAAUCCAAUCACCAGAGAGUAUGUUAUCCUUCCAGAAUUUGAAGGGCAGUGCUGGUGGACUGUCUUUGGUUACAUUCCUUCAACCAAUGAGUACAAGGUUGUUAGGAUAUGUGAGACUGGGGGAGACUCAAAUUUCGGGAUUGUUCAGGUGUAAACUCUUGGCAGUGGCACUGGAUGGAGAAAUGUGGGAACAAUGGACAUCGAUAUGUUUACUGUUAGCAAAGUUGUUGGUGCCCUUGCAAUUGGAUCUCUUCAUUGGGUGAACUACGAAGGAACCAUUAUUCUUGCUUUCCAUUUGGCUGAUGAGAAGAUUAGUAAACUUCAACCUCCAGCACCUGGUUUGACACCAGCUGAUGUUCCUAAUGUUGUUAUUACACUAGGAGUUUUAGGCGAUUUUCUAAGUGCUACUUAUUAUUACAUGGGCGGUGUUACUGAUAUAUGGUUACUGAAAAAGAAUAAGGAUAAUAAUGGCUUGGGAUGGAGCAAAGAGUUUAAUUUCUGUUGUAAUAACAUAUCAUGUCCGUUUGGGUAUACAAAGAGUGGUAGGCUUCUGUAUCAUGCGAAUGGAGAAAUUUGUAGUUACAGUGCAAAAGAUUCAUCUGCCGAAAUGGAUGUGAGUUUUGGCAAGUUUGUUUCUGAAACAAUCCCUCACAAGAAUACUUUUGUUUCAUUAAAAGUAUUAGGAGAAGAGGAUACAAAAACAAUGGGAUCUGGUAAAAGAGCAUGUUCAAGUGAGGAGGCAGAACACAAUAAUAAACUGAAGAUGCCAUGGAGCGAAGUAAGAGACCUUUAGGUUGAAUCUGGGCCAAUGGCAGUGGUGUUCACAGACUAUUCAUGCGACGUGCUUCAAAUCCGCUCAAUUGAUAACAAAGCACUGCUGGCGUAAAACAUCUUCUGAACUUUGCAGACGUGAAGUACUAUUGUAACAGUAGGAAACUAAACGGAAAGGAGUGGAAUUCCACAUUGAGAAAUCGCAGCGUGCCCGAAGUUGUUCACUGAGUCUGGUGGAUGGGAAUCCUUGCAUCUGGAGGAUGAGCUUACUUUGUCCUACUAUAAGAAUGCAGAUGGGCCCAAAGAUUGGCCUGGUCCAGGGGUUCAAUGAUAUGGAAGUGAAUCAGAGGAGCAAUGGAUCAGAUAGCGAUGAAGUUAAGAGAGUAAAGAAUGAAAAGGUAGUCGAGUUUGGGCAAUGCAGCCGCAAAUUUUUCUCUGUUGCUUGUAGUUUCUUUAGUUUUAAUUAUUGUUACUUAUUUAGUUUUAUGUACUCUA